AUGAGGAUGAAUAUUGGCAGCGGCGACAACGGUGGUAGUGGGAGUGGGAAGAAGAAGAGUGAUGGAUAUGAGGGUUGGAUUCAUUAUGUCAUUCUUGUUAGCCGACAAGGAAAGGUGAGGCUGACAAAAUGGUUUUCAACCUAUUCCCAGAAGGAAAGAUCUAAGGUAAUGAGGGAGCUUAGUGGUGUAAUACUCAACCGAGGCUCCAAGUUAUGCAACUUCAUAGAAUGGAGGGGGCUUAAAGUUGUCUAUAAAAGAUACGCGAGCCUCUAUUUCUACAUGUGCAUUGACCAAGAGGACAAUGAAUUAGAGGUUCUUGAAAUAAUUCACCAAUAUGUUGAGAUACUCGAUCGAUAUUUUGGCAGUGUUUGUGAGCUGGAUUUGAUUUUUAAUUUUCACAAGGCUUACUUUAUAUUGGAUGAACUUCUACUUGCUGGUGAGCUUCAAGACUCGAGUAAGAGAGCAGUGGGACACAUGAUAGCUAUACAUGAUCGAUUUGUGGAGGCGGUUAAAGAGGAGGCCAAUUCAAUAAGCAAUUUAAUUGCACAAGUCAAUAUGUAG